GUCACUAACCUGGCAUAUUUAAACGGUAUCUCUUUCUCGUUUGUAGCAGAUUUAUAGGCUCACGUUCUUUUGAGAACCGCGUAAAAGCGUGGUUAUUCUAUAGAUUCAGAUAGGAAUUAAGUGUGUCUCAAGAGAGGACUUCCAUUUACAUCGAGUCAUGAUGUUUACCGAACUUCUUGCUUUGAUUGCAUCAAUUGCCAUAAGCACUUCCAGUGCAUCUACGGUCGUCACUUCCACGAUCUCUGCAAGCACGCCAGUGUCAUCUGACGCCACUUCCACGGUCUCUGCAAGCACGCCAGUGUCAUCUGCCGCCACUUUCACGAUCUCUGCAAGCACGCCAGUGUCAUCUGCCGCCACUUUCACGAUCUCUGCAAGCACGUCAGUGUCAUCUGCCGCCACUUCCACGGUCUCUGCAAGCACGUCAGUGUCAUCUGCCGCCACUUCCACGGUCUCUGCAAGUACGUCAGUGUCUGGAACUCCUGCUUUAUCUGCAACCAUAAGUGCCACACAGUCGUCUGCUGACCCCACAGUCUCCAUCAGUGCUACUGCCUCGUCCAAUGCCACUGCAACUGUUGCUGCCUGCACGCAAGUUCUCGGAAACCCUACCUGUGAAAAAGCAACUUGCUGCUUGGGAAGUGCUGGAGCCUGGACAGGAGUAAAGACAGCUGCCACCAUUGCCUAUACAGACACGCUUUGUGUAAACAAUACAGCCACUGUUAGUAACUCUACAAAGACUUGUGGUCAGCUCUGUGUUAGCAAAGAGUGUGAUGGAGCGGUAGGCCUAGCAGUCCGUGCAACAACGAUCGCAAUGUCUUUCUUUGUUUACUGGCUUCUGGCUGUGCAACAUUGAUAGAGACCGACUCAAGAAAGAAAAUUAUCAAGGAUUCCAUUGCUGUACAUGAACAAAUUAUAGAUAAAGACUGUUACUAUAUUCUCGCUGUUUGUAAAAAAUUACAGGAAUAAUCUUAUUAAAAAGUGCGUUAAUAUUUAUGUUAUGUUUCUUAGAUCUGCAUGA